AUGGCUUCUUCUUCUUCCAUCACUCUCCCAACCCUUCAAGGUUCUCUAUUUCAAUCUCAUUUCCUAGGAAAAAGCCCCAUCACCCAUCGUCUUCAUAAACCAUUUUUCUCGGUUGCCAAACAGCCUAAAAAGGCCUUCUAUGCCAAGUUUGAUCUAUUUGAAAUCUUGGGAGGUAGGGGGCUCUGCAAUGGAGAAAAAGGCAUUGAAGUUGAGCUAAAGAGAAACGUGGAUGAAGGUUCAUCAGUUGGUAACACAGAUGUUGAAAGUUCUGACAGCACAGCAAUCUCAGUUCCAGAUGAUGCUUUCGAAAAGGAGAUGAUGGGGCUAACCGGGGGGUUCCCCGGUGGUGAAAAGGGAUUGAAAAAGUUCAUUGAGGAAAACCCACCACCGGCGAAGCAAUCAGUUUCCGAUUCGGUAAAUAUUGCUAGUCUUGGGAAGCCAAAAUCACCGGAGUUGCCACUGCUAAUGCCGGGAAUGAUCGCGAUUGUUAAGAACCCGAACAACCCCUUCUACAUGUACUGCGGCAUUGUGCAGCGGAUCACUGAUGGGAAAGCAGGGGUUCUUUUCGAAGGUGGAAACUGGGAUAGAUUGAUCACGUUUCGACUGGACGAGCUUGAACGCAGAGAAAAAGGCCCUCCAAUGAAGAAUCCAAAGUCUGUUGUUCUUGAAGCUUUGUUAGAAAAGGAUCCAAAAUGAUUUCUCUGUCUCAAAUGUAUGAAAUGGUACGAAGCAGUUUUUGACUAUUAAUGCUUAGUUAGGAAUCACUGGCAUAUAAAAGAUAUGUUAAAUGCUCUUUUAUUGGUUCCUAAA